AUGAAGUUAAAAUCUUUAGACGAAAAUAGAGCUUAUCAAAAGCGCAAAACCAUCAAAAAAGAAAAAAGUCUUUUUGAUUUUACGCCAAGAUUAGCCAUACCAGAAUUUACAAUUCCAUCGAUUAGGUAAAAUGAUGAUGAUAUUCAAAUAUCUUUGGAUUGCUCAGAAAGACACACUUUGGAUAUGAAUGGAGAUUAAACAGUUUCUGAUCAUAAACUAAAAAAAAGCGCAUCUUUUAUGUCGAAAAAUACUACCAAGAAUAACAUAUCAUUUAACAAUCGAUCAGAUAAUAACAUUUUAAUUCAUUAAGAUUAAGAAGGUUUUAUGAAGUAAUAAAACGAUUAGAAUAUGGAUCUUUAUUCAAAGGUGGAUUUCAUAUCUGAGAAAAAUAUAGCCCUUUCAAUCGCUGGAGGUAGCUAAAGAAAUAUACCAAUAAGUGCUACUAAAAUUUAGAAAUAAUUAGCAAACAGGAGAUAAUCAAAGUUUUAUUUUUCAGAAAGUGAAAGCAGAUUUAAAAUUCCAAGCUAAAAUUCGAGAGAAUACAAGGUAGAAAACAUAGAAAACUUACCUAGGCUAAAGAGCAACUUUUCAUUGAUUUCUAAUAUAAAAGGGAAUUUAAACAAAAUGUAGCAGAAAGUGAUUGCUAUAGGGAUGCUAUUAGUUUUUUAUGUGAAACUUAAAACAUUAAGUGGAGUAAAUUAAAUAACCAAGCAAUAUAUGUUAAGUUCGAAAGUGGAUAACAAGUCUCACCAGCUGAAAUGCCUUACAUAUUUAAAUGAUUUUUCUUAAAUUAGUGAUAAAAAACAGUAGUAACUUAAAAAAGAAAAUAACUUGAUUUCUUUGUCUACAAUAAAUAACUAAAAAAACGAAAGUGGUUAACAAAAUAAAAAAUGCUCUUUUAUCUAAUUUUGUUUUGGCUGUAUACCUGUAAUUCAUCCAGACUCUAAAAAAUUAUUCUUAUUUGACAUUAUAAAUUUGAUAUUUAUAAUUCUCAAUCUAACUUACGUUCCAAUUGAAACUGUUAUUGACACUCCAUUUUUACAGAUGUAUGGCAACAAAUGGUUUAUUUUCAUCACAAGCUCUAUAUCGGUUUACUUCUUUAGCGUGAUUCUCUCUUUGAACAUGGGCUAUUAUGAUAAAGGUUAUUGUAUAAUGGAUAGAAAUAAAAUUCUAGUAAGGUAUAUGAAGUUAGGAUUUUGGGUUGACAUCUUAAGUACCUUUCCUAUGUUCGUUAGUGGGAUUAAUUCAAAACCUGUUUAUAAAAUGUGCAAUUUAUUUGUUAUAUUAAAAAUUAAUUGGAUUGAUAAGUUUUUUUACAAGUACUUUGAGAUAUGCAAUCUAAAGAAAAAAAUAAAAAAAAUGGUCUUUUUAAAGUUUUUAUACAUCCUAUUGAAAAUUCUAUUUUUCGUUCAUGUUUUUGCUUGCGUUUUCCUCGCUUUCAGUUAUCAUGUUAAUGCUACAGAUAAUUGGAUUACAAAGUAUGGAUCAGACUUAGACUCAAAAGGAUGGUUCACAAAAUAUGUCUAUGCAUUUUAUUGGGGAAUAACGAUUAUGACUACUGUUGGAUUAGGUGAUAUAUUACCUAGUAAUAUUUAUGAAGUCUGUGUCCUCUCAUUAUUCAUGUUUUUUUCAUGUGCUGCAUUUGCUUACUCUUUUAAUUCAAUAGGAAUUAUUUUAGAUGAAAUGAACCAAAGAAGUGAUUUAUUUGUGAAAGAAAUGAGAAUAGUUAGCAGAUACUUAUAAAUGAAGAAAGUUGAUCAUGAGCUUUAAAUUGAAGUGAGAAAAUACAUAGAAUAUAGAUUUUAAUUUGAAAAUGAAAUCUCUUAAGAAGAGGAAAAGAUAGUUUUCAAGAGACUACCGAUUAGUAUCCAAGAAAAGCUAAUUAUACAAUCAAAUAUGGCUAUUUUAAGGAAAAUUAGUUUUUUAUAAAAUAAUUUUUCUGAAGGGCUACUUAAUAAAUUGUGUUUAACUAUAGAAUCUGAAUAAUGGUUAAACUAAGAUACCAUUUAUAAAUAGGAUGAUGUUUAUGCUGAGUCUUCUAAUAGCAUCAAGUUUUAUAUUUUAGAAAGUGGAUAAGUACAACUACUUGCUAAUGCUGGCAAUCCUGAUUAACCCUUAGUUAUUAAAAAUAUUACUGAUGUAGAAGAUUUUGGAUCUUUAGAAUUCUUUAAUGAUGAGCCAAGACAUUAUACUGCCGUUACUAUAGGGACAACAAAACUACUCUCAAUAAGUAGGAGUAAAUUUUUAUAAAUUCUUAAAUAGUUUCCAGAAGAUUAUGAAAAAUUUAAAAUGCUUUGCGAAAAUGCUAAGAUGAACAAAAUAUAGUUCGAUAUCAAAAUAAGUUGCUAUUGCUGUUAGAAAUAUAACCAUUCUCUCAAAGAAUGCCCAAAAAUUCAUUACAUUGCUAAUAAAGAGCUAUCAAUUUUGAAAAAUAUGUUUAGUUUACCAUAGUAAAGAAAGGCAUCUAGAAGGAAUUUUAAAUUAAAAAUAAACUCUCUAUAUGAAAAUCAUAUUAUUUAAGAGAGAGCUAUAUGCUAUUAAUAAUACAAUCAUGAUGAGUUGAAUAAAAUUGAAUCACCUUUAAUUACUUAGGAAGAUAUUUUAAAUACAGAAACCUAUAGAAACGGAAAUGGAAAUAUCCAUAAAAAUUAAAAUAAUUAGAAAGUACUAUUGAAUAUAGCAACAAAUGAUUUGAUUUCGAGAGUUGAUUUUGAUAUUUAAGAAAAAAAUUUAAACAAACUGGUUAGGAACUAGUCUUUUUCAACAAGAAAGUCAACAUGCUUACGCCCAACCCUAUUCAAAUAAAACACAGAUGCAAUAAACAUUGAUUAAAACGAAGACAUUUUAAAAUAGUAAGUUGAAUCAAAUUAUAGUCCUGUUUCACUAUCGUAAAGAAAACAUCAUACUACAAUUAAUUUAAAUACUCAUGAUCAAUAAUUAUUUCAUAAAAACUAAAAAAAAAAUACAGAAUCUCCAUCCCCUCAUAUAAGUUAUCAAAAACGACAUAUCUCAAUAAAUAAUUUACCUCAAGACGAAAUCAACGAGAAAGACAUAAGCUUUAUGAUAGAUAAUUUUGAUAGAUUAAAGAAUUAUAAAUACUACUUUCCAUAUAAUAAUUAUGAUAACAUAUUAAACUAAUAUGAAAAAAUUAGACCCAAAUUUAAGUAUCAAAGACUUAGGAAGCCAAGCCAAUAUUUUUUAUUUCCUAACUUGAAUUUUAAAAAAUUAACUAAAAAUACAAAAAAUAAAAUCUAAUCUGAAAAUAAAAUAGAUGUUACCUUCAAUGAUUCUUUUAAUGCUUGA